AUGUCGAAUUUUUGGGGCAGUCAAGGGUUUGGUAUGGAGUCGGUUGAUGCGUCUGGGCUUUCAGGGGGAUUAAUCUGUUUAUGGGAUGAUAGUUUAUUCCACUUGGUGUCGUCGGUUAAGAAUAGGCACUUCAUUAUGGUGAGGGGUCAGCUUGUGGGAUGUAAUUCAGUUGUUAACUACCUGAACGUUUACGCCCCCCAAGGUAUUCCGGCUAAAAAAGCUUUGUGGGAGGAAUUAUCGGCUCUGAUCAGUAAUUAUGAUGGGUUUUGGAUCGUCGGGGGUGAUUUUAAUGCGGUCCGUUUCCGCGAGGAAAGGAGGAACUGCUCCUUCAAGCCUUCCUGUGCUAAUAAUCUGAAUGCUUUCGUGUUUGAAUCGGGCUUGAUUGAGUAUGAUUUGAGAGGUAUGCAGUUCACUUGGCGAUCGGAUAACGGUAAUAAACUUAGUAAGCUCGACAGGUUCUUGGUCAACUCGGACUUCUUUAACGAAUGGCCGGAGGCUCGUGUUCAGGCUCUUCCCCGUAAGUGGUCGGACCAUUGCCCGGUCAUCUUGAUUGCUAAAGCGGUUAACUUCGGGCCACAUCCUUUCCGGAUCUUUAAUUCGUGGCUGGACAAAGAGGGAUUCUCGGAGGUUGUUGAAAAUGCUUGUUUAGAGUUCGCCGGUUCCGGAUAUCACCCUGACACUGCUCUUAUUAAAAAGUUGGGCUUCAUUUGUGGCAGGAUUAGGGAAUGGAGAGACAAAAUGAUCCAAAAGGAAGGUGAGUUUCGCCAGGUUGCUGAAAAUGAGCUAGAAGACCUGGAGCUUAUUCUCGAGUCCAGAGACCUGUCUGAAGAGGAGGAAUGGGUUAUGUCGGAGAACAAAAAGAUCUUAGCCGAGAUGGAGUUCUCUAAGGCUAUGGAUUUGAGGAAGGCGUCCAAUGUAAUCCACGGGCUAAGUAUAGGUGAUAAUUGGGUUUCUAAACCCUCGUUAGUCAAAAAGGGCGUUUUUAAUUUUUUCAGAUCUAAGUUUGUGGAGGAAUGUGAGGCCCGCCCCACUCUUAUUUGUGCUAACUUGAAAAAGAUCUCUUCCUCGGAUGCUUCAUGGUUGGAAGCCCAGUUCUCGAGGGACGAAAUCAAAGCGGCGGUUUUUGGCUGUGGUGAUGACCGGGCCCCUGGCCCGGAUGGGUUUAACUUCCGAUUUUUUUAA